UCAGACCUCACGUGCAUGGAUCCUGAAUCCUCCUUCCCGCCUCCUCCUUGCCUGGCUCCGCCCUGGAGUCAUCAUUGGGGUUUAGUCCAGCCGCGCAGACCAGCGCACAGACAGGCUGCAGCUGCGGACGGCGGGCGGGCAGGAGGCGUGCAGGAGCCGCGGGCGUGGAGGCGCCGGGGUCCCGGGGCGCAGGGAGUGUCCCAAAAACCAGUAAGGAGGACAAUGGACUCCUUAAAACUCCUCCACAUCCUGCUGGCCAUGCUGACCUCAGCAUCCACUCUCCUCGCUCCCAGGAUGCUCUGGGUCCUCUUGUUCUUGGCCACCUUCAGGAGUGCUCAGAGUGGAAACUGGGACCACCCCAACUGCACCAGGGGCGUGGUUUCUGUGUUGCGGGGCAAGCCAGCCAUGAUGACCUGCGGCAUCUCCAAUGCCUUCUCCCACAUCAACAUCUUCCUGCAAGCAAACCCCACGGCUCCCUGGAAGCUCAUCUUCAGAGUAAAGGCCCCAGGAAACUUCAGUCAGGAUGGAUGGCAGCUCUGGAUUCAAGAGGGCGAGGCGCACCUAGUAAUUGAAAAAGCCCAGGACACCCAUGCAGGGCAGUACAAGUGGAAUCUGACGGGGCGCCAGAGAAAUGUCGAAAUCACCACCCUGAACGUCUCAGAGCCGCAAGACCUGCUCCUCACACCUUCCGCAGGUUCGCAGAUGACCACAACCCCUUUCAUUGUUUAUCCUGAACACAAGAGCCAGAUCCAUGUAAUCCCCAUCCUCGUCCUGGUCGUCCUCUUCAGCCUACUGAUCUGCACACUGGCCUGGCACCGAUGGGGUGGUUCCCUGAACUUCAAGCUCCAGAAGAUGUUCCUACAGGAUGCACUUGUGGGCAAAGAUGUCUGCGCAUGGCUCUCAUCAAUCCCAUCCUCCCUUCGUCAGGCCUGGGCUCCUCCCCAGGGCGGGAGUGCCUUGCUGCAGCAGUCACGUGGGAGAGGCCCCAGUCUGGGGUCCUCAGCUGAUCAUGGACACGCUCUUGUCUUUGGAACAUGAGUAAGAACCAGUUUGAGGGACCUUCCAGGAAGCACUUGUAGAACGAAAGUGAGGCAAUAGCCUGAGAUGAUGCAUGGGGCCUCCUCCACCACCCCAAAGGGUACAGCAGCCCCGGAUGGCAAGCUGGACAGGUGGCUGCUGGUGGAAUCUGUGUCCAACGUCCCUGGUCUUCCCCAGCCCUGGGGCUCACCUCUCUACCACCUGCCCCAAGUGCUGCCCCUUCCUGUUCCCAAACCACAUCCCAAACCACAUAUACCAGAUGUCUUUAUAAGCAAAACUGUACAACCUCACUGAGUGUAUUCUUUGUUGGUUUUUUUUUUGGAGGUGGGGUAGUAUAUCUUUUUUGCUUCCUUUCCUCUUCUUUUCUCUUCUCUCAUGUUUGGAUGACUUUAGUGAUGCACUUGAAUUCCUUUUUCUUUUGUGUGUGUACAUCUAUGAUAAUAGACUUUUGGUUUGUUGUGACCAUGAGAUUUUGAUACAACGGUCUAUAUAUACGUGCGUGAUUGUUUUAAAUUGCUGAUCUCUUCCUUUCCAAUGCACUUCCAAUAUCCUGCAUGUGUACUCUGCUCCUCUCAUGAUUACUGGUUUUGAUAGCAUGUUUGUGUGUGUGCAUGGCUUCCUACUCUUACUGUAUGUUUGCCAUUACUGGUGAGCCCUCCCAUUUCAUCCUUUUCUUGUUUCUCGUUGUGGCCUUUUCUUUUCAGCGUAGAGAAGUUCCUUUAAAGAUAGAGCUGCUUUGGUGGUUCAUUGAAUGUGUUCGUAAAAGGUACAUAUAAUGUGAUAAAAAGAAGGUUUUUCUAGAAGUGCUACUUUCAGUGCUUUGCAAAACGUCCAUAUUGCUCAUCCUCAAGAUGAGCAUCCUCAAGUCCACUAAACCUACUAGCAAAUCAUCGAAUGAGCCGAGAAAUACAUCUUUAAGUGAAGAAAAUAAAAAUCUGAAAGAA